AUGACUCGCAACGUGGAACAAUACAGUGACGCUGAGGCAUUCCGCCCAGAACGCUUCCUCAGCCCCGAGAUCGAGGAACCUCGCAACAUCGUCUUCGGUUAUGGCCGACGGCUCUGUCCUGGGCGCCUUUUUGCGGACACGACUCUCUUCUUGGCGAUAGCCAGUGUUGCAGCAACGCUAAACAUCGAGAAGGCGCGUCAUUGA